AUGUCUCGCGCCCUUCUCAUCACCGGUGCCACUGGCAAGCAGGGUGGCUCAGUUAUUGACGCCCUGCUCGAGCUCCCUAAUGCUUCCGACUUUACCAUUCUGGCAGUCACCAGAGACUCAAACAGCGGCAGCGCAAAGAAGCUUGCCGCGAGAGCAUCAAACAUCAAGCUCGUCGAGGGAAACCUUGAUGAUGUUCCUGCCCUUUUCGAAGCUGCCAAAAAAGUUGCCCAGCAACCAAUCUGGGGCGUCUACUCUGUGCAAAUCUCAAUGGGCAAGGGCGUGACCUUCGAGGGCGAAGUCAAGCAGGGUACAGACCUUAUUGACGAGAGUGUCAAGAACAAUGUCCACCACUUCGUCUACAGCAGUGUAGAGCGUGGCGGUGACGAGAAGAGCUGGGACAAUGCAACUCCUAUUCCUCACUUCCAGACCAAGCAACUUAUUGAGAUCCACCUGCGCGACAAGGCUCAAGGUAUGGGCUGGACCAUCUUGAGACCCGUCGCUUUCAUGGACAACCUACAACCGGGCUUCCCUACCAAGGUCUUCCUGACCGCCUUGCACAACCACCUUGGCGAUACCAAGCCUCUACAAUGGGUCGCUACCGCAGACAUCGGCUUCUUCGCCGCACAGGCCUUCACCCACCCCGAGGAAUGGAACCACAAAGCCCGCGGCCUGGCUGGUGACGAGCUUACCUUCCCUCAAAUUUCAAAGGCUUUCGAAAACACAACCGGCUCCCCUGCAGGUACUACAUUCUGGGGUCUUGGUUCUGUCUUGACUUACAUGGUCGCCGAGCUUGGCCAUAUGAUCGGCUGGUUUGCCUCUGAUGGAUACAAAGCCGACAUUGCCAACCUGCGCUCCAUCCACCCACAGAUGAUGAACAUGGAGACAUGGUUGAAGAAGAAGAGCGCCUUCACGACCAAAUAG